AUGGAGCCAGAGUACCCGAGUCAGGAACCCGCGCAGCAGGCCUCCUUCGCACCUGCCGUGCAAGUCGCGCCUGAGCAGCUGCAGCCCGAGCCAGUACUGCCCGAGCAAGUGCCCGUCCAAGGCGACCAGGAAGCGCAGAAGCACAUGGACCAGACCAUGGACGGCGCCGACGACAGCAUGAGCUCCACCAUCACCGCCUCGACUGUCACGCCCCUCCCAGACCUCAGCCAGAACACCAGCCUGAACAACAGCCCCAACCCCUACGAGCAGCCUCACCGGCCCUCAACCUCGUACUCAGACACCGCGUACCAGUACACCACACACAACGGCUCGCGUUUCAACACCUCCUCAGACGCCGACACGCCUCCGCGACAUGGCUACUACGACGCCAACAAAGAGACACAUAUGGGCCAGUCGCAUUCGCGGCCGAGCUCGCAGAUGGGACGGUACCCAACCUCCGAGGGCAACACGCGCUCCAACUCGUACCAAGAGCAAUCACGGAGCGCACAACAACAACAGCAGCAGCAGCAGCAAGAGGCUGCCAAGAACGCCAGCGUUGUCAUCAAAGUUGGCAUGGUUGGAGACGCGCAGAUUGGAAAGACCAGCUUGAUGGUCAAGUACGUCGAGGGCAGUUGGGACGAAGACUACAUCCAAACACUCGGUGUGAACUUCAUGGAAAAGACCAUCUCGAUUCGAAACACCGAGAUCACCUUCUCCAUCUGGGAUCUAGGCGGUCAACGCGAAUUCGUCAACAUGUUGCCGCUGGUCUGCAACGACGCCGUUGCGAUACUCUUCAUGUUCGACUUGACACGGAAGAGCACGUUAAACUCCAUCAAGGAGUGGUACCGACAGGGACGCGGCUUCAACAAGACUGCCAUCCCGUUUCUGGUCGGCACAAAGUACGACCACUUUGUCAACUUCCCACGAGAAGAACAGGAGGAGAUUUCCAACCAGGCUAAACGAUUUGCGCGAGCAAUGAAGGCCAGUCUGAUCUUCAGCUCGACUAGUCAUAGUAUCAACGUGCAGAAGAUCUUCAAGAUCGUGCUAUCAAAGGCCUUUGACCUCAAGUGCACUAUUCCCGAGAUAGAAAACAUCGGCGAACCCUUACUCCUCUACCAAGCCGUCUAG